CAAACUUCAAUAAAUUAAAUAAUUUUCCACUCUAAAUUAAUUUUUCAAAACGGGUCUUCCAUUGUGGAUGCUUGGCUUGGCUUGGCUGCUCAACAACUGCGUUCGCUUGCUUGCUCUUCUUUUCCACCAAGGGGUUGUUGGAUGAACAGUUCUUACAAUAACAACAACUCCAAGACGAGAGUACUGCAAAUAUUGUAUCUGAAGUUGCAACAUUUAUUACUUUCAUUAAUCUGAGAAACUUCCCCGCAAUCUCCGGACAUUUCGUAAAUGGCUGGUAACCAAGAAAGAGGAAAAGGUUUUUUUAGUCACUUGUUGAGCGGGAAUAAUUCUAGGCCUACCUUACUCAGAGGGAACACUCAUGAGAGGGGGGUUACGGGUUCCUCUAAGCGAGCUAGGCAGGAACAGGCGGCUAGACACAGUGAGGCUCAACGUUCGAGUAUGCUGCACCAAGUGCGUACUCGCUUUCAUGACCAGACUAGCAUCCAGAGUAGUUCGGGGGGUUUCAGUGAUGAUGAUACUGAGUAUGAAGCUGUUGGUCAGCUCGUCGAUUGGACUGUCAUGAGCGGGCCUGACGGUAAAUUUACACGGGGGAGCAGGCACCCACAGUCUGUUGGAACGGACUGGUUGAUCACAUCACCGCAGCCCGGGGGCCCCACUGACGCCCGCCUGAUACCCAGCUAUGGGGGGCACAUAGCUAAAGUAAUUUUUGAGGGCUCUGAGCGUACGCCUCCGAUUUUGGAGUGCCAUAAUAGAAAGAAGACGUUGGAGGCGAUCAUCAGACUGCAGCAUAUGUCUGAUGAGUUGUACGAACUUUUACCUGCCACUCUCCUCGGUCGGCUACCUUACAUUAUGCACCAGUAUAUUGAUAGUGCUUUAAUAUCGGCCUUUGUGGAGAGGUGGCAGCCGGAUACAAACACCUUCCACAUGCCCUGGGGGGAGAUGACUAUUAUGUUGCACGAUGUGCAACGCAUCUUAGGCAUUGGUAUUGAAGGUUCACUCCCGGCAGAACCCGCUGAUGCUGAUUGGAAGCUCGCACUGGCAGGUUUGUUUGAGGAGCCCAUGUCGAAGCUGCGGAGGAAAGGGUACUUCACUAACGGGAGCAUAAACGUUGGUGAAGUUAUGCAGAUGUGCCACCGUUUUCAGGCUUUGGAGACACAGUGUACGGCCUAUUACAUGGCUAUUGUCGGCUCAACACUGCUGGUGGAUAACACCAAAACUGGGAUGCGACCUCACCCUAUACUAACUGUCAAUGUCGAUCAGGAUGAGAUUGCUUGGGGUGCAGUGACGUUGGCAUACUUGUAUCGGCAACUGGGAAUGGCAUCUAGGGCUGGUUGCAAGACCAUUGCUGGCUGUCUCACAUUGCUGCAGACAUGGAUCUACGAGUACUUCCCGGUCUUUCGCCCUCAUCCUCGUCAAGCUGAUAUGCCUAACAAGACAAGGGCGGAGAUGUGGUGCACGAAGAAGCCAGUUCGGGAGCUCAGCAGGCUGAGAUACUGUAGGAGUAUAUUGGACUCCAUGACAGAGAUAAAGGUGGAAUGGAAUCCAUACAUUACUUCUCCUAGGGCAUUGUUAAAUGAGCACCCACGCACCGCCUUUAUCGGGUGUAUCACCUGUUUUGAUAUGGUCGAGGCGUAUUUGCCUGAGAGGACAGUCAGACAAUUGGGGUUUGUACAGGAUAUUCCCCCCGCUCCUUUGAGGCCUACCCAGGCUCUGCGACCGGCACAAGGAAGCUAUUUCGUCACCUUUGCUUCUCCAUAUAUCUACACGGAGGCGUGGAGUAGGUUCCCUUAUAGUGGUCGCGUUGGCAAUCAGACACUUUGUCGAGCAUCUGUUCCAUCAAAGGUUGUUCCUGACUAUGUUAACUGGUUUAGAGUGUCCUCCCACCCAUUUCUCCUCCCCAGCAAAGGACCUAGUGUUGAUGCAGCUGAUAGCGAAGUUGAAUACUUUGCAAAUGAAUUUCCGAGUCGAAUCGCGCCCCUGUUAAGGAUGCCUGCCAUCGUCGAUAUGACCCCUCGGGAAAGACAGACUGCUGAUGUGUAUAUAGAAGAAGUUCGAGAUUUAUUUGCCGAAUGGCAAGCUUUUAGAAGGUUUGACCCUUCAUAGACAUUGGAUUUUAUAAUUAUAAACUUUUUUCUUGGUGUUGGGUUGUAU